AUGCAACGAUUUGUUCUACCCAUUUUCUUGUGCUUCGCUGCUGUAUCACCGUUCAUGAACUUCAUGGCCGUCGCCGAUGAGGUGACGUGCUCAGGUAUAGUGCCAAUGAGCUACAGAGACGAUGAGAUAUCAAUUACGGACUUUGGAGGCAUCGGCGACGGAAGGACAUUGAAUACCCAAGCGUUUCGAGAGGCGAUAUAUCGGAUUGAGCAUUUGAGAAGGAGAGGAGGCACGCUUCUCUACAUACCUCGUGGGGUGUUUUUAACUGAGAGCUUCAAUCUUACUAGUCAUAUGACUCUGUUCUUAGCUAAGGAUGCUGUUAUCAAAGCCACAAAGGGUGCUAAUUGUACUCCUCUUACUGGAACAUGCUUUAAGCUGACUGAACUAGAGCUUGUUGCCCUUGGCUCCCUUGACCAUGAUCUUUCCAAAAUUUAA